AUCGCCACAUGAACUCUCUACCCUCCACAGCCCUCACCUCAGCUCAGCUUUACCUACAUUACAUUCUUCAAUUCUCUUUCGGUUAAGAAGAAGACGAAGAGCUUAGUAAAUUCAUCCAUGGCAAUCCCAACUCCUCCAUUUCUCCUCCUCUUCCUCUUCUGCCUCGUAUCUCCGGUCCCGCCAGCUUCUUCCUCUCCGGUGCUCGACCCGGAAUCUGUCGUGCAAGAAGUACACAGGAGCAUCAUCAAUGCCACUAGGACUAGGAGGAACUUGGGUUACCUCUCGUGUGCGACCGGGAACCCCAUUGACGACUGCUGGCGGUGCGACCCCAACUGGGAGAAAAACCGACAGAGACUGGCAGAUUGUGCGAUCGGCUUCGGGAAGAGUGCGGUCGGAGGGAGGGAUGGUAAGAUCUAUGUCGUCACUGACCCAGGUGACGAUGAUCCUGUGACCCCGAAACCCGGGACCCUCCGCCAUGCCGUGAUCCAAGAUGAGCCAUUAUGGAUCAUCUUCGCUAGGGACAUGACCAUUCAACUGAAGGAGGAGCUCAUCAUGAACUCGUUCAAGACCAUCGAUGGGAGAGGGGCCAGCGUUCACAUAGCCGGCGGCCCGUGCAUCACGAUUCAAUACGUGACCAACAUUAUCAUUCACGGGAUACACAUCCAUGACUGCAAGCAAGGAGGAAAUGCCAACGUGCGAAGCUCCCCGAGCCACUACGGGUGGAGGACCAUCUCGGACGGUGAUGGCGUGUCUAUCUUCGGCGGGAGCCACAUCUGGGUCGACCACUGUUCCCUCUCAAACUGCAAAGAUGGUCUCAUCGACGCUAUCUAUGGGUCCACUGCGAUCACCAUCUCCAACAAUUACAUGACCCACCAUGACAAGGUCAUGCUGAUGGGUCACAGUGACACAUACACUCGAGACAAAAACAUGCAGGUCACAAUAGCCUUCAAUCACUUCGGUGAAGGACUAGUCCAGAGGAUGCCCAGAUGCAGGCAUGGGUACUUCCAUGUGGUCAACAAUGACUACACCCAUUGGGAAAUGUAUGCUAUUGGGGGAAGCGCCAACCCCACCAUUAACAGCCAAGGCAAUCGAUUUUUAGCUCCUGAUAUCAGAUUUAGCAAAGAGGUGACCAAACACGAAGAUGCCCCGGAAAGUGAGUGGAAGGACUGGAACUGGAGGUCCGAAGGGGACCUGAUGCUGAACGGGGCAUUCUUCACGCCGUCCGGCGCCGGAGCCUCCUCGAGCUAUGCUAGGGCUUCAAGCUUGGGUGCAAGACCUUCUUCCCUCGUCGGCACAAUCACCACGAGCGCCGGGGCUCUCGGCUGCAAGAAGGGUUCCCGCUGCUGAUCAAUAUAAUUUCGACCCGAAAUUCAUUAGUUCGGAGAUAUCAUCAGUUUCCAUAAGAUCUAUACAUAUGAGCCUCACACGUACAUAAUUCAACAGUGUGAGUGCAUCACAUGUAUCAAUCAAGUGGCAUGCUUGAAUUUUCCGACUAGUACAGGUCGAACUAAGCUAUUCGAGUACCCUCCGAAUGGUUUGAUCAUAGUAAAAGGUAUAUAUAUUGGUUUGGACGGCCGAUAUUUAAGUUAGGCCAUAGAUCAGAAUCAGAUCCACGCCAAUUAAGCCUAGGUUUUCACCCAAUUUUAGGGUUAUUUUUCUUUUUAAGAAAUUAAUGUGUUUCUCUUCUGUACUUUUAUUCUAUAUAUAGGGGCUAGAAGUAGAGUAGAGUUUGGUCUGAUGAUUACAACCUCGGCCUGUUAUCUCUUUGAACUAUUCGAGGAUUCUCUUCGGCUAUGACAAUGCUGGGAGGAAUCUUUAUGGGCUCGGAGAAGAACGAAAGCACUGAAGUGUUGACAUAAUGAUAUAGAUAUAUAUAUACAUACGUACUUUGAUUUGUCCUA